AUGAGCUACUGCACACUGGGACCUGAAAAUGUCAUGAGGCCCAUAAAUGUGCUGAAAGAGGAAGCUGCACGAAUUGCAGAAAAUGUUACUCUUAGCCAGAGUGAGAAAAACAAGAUAAAUGCUGCUAUAUAUUCAGCUAUGAUGGCUCCUAUUGUUGUGGCCUUGGAACGUCGUCUAGCUUCUACAUCUCGGAAACCUGAAACACCUCACGAAGUGCAUCUGAAAUUCAAAAUGGCUGGAUCUGGAAGCUCAGAGGCUAGAAUCCCAAUUUUCUCUGGUGAAAACUAUGAGUUUUGGAGGAUUAAGAUGGUGACCAUAUUCAAAUCAUAUGGUAUGGAGUUUGGUAGAGAAGGGGUUUUCAAUCUCGGAUUCAAAGAAGAAAAAGUUGCGAUUCUCAUGAAGGAUGCGAAAGCGUUGGGUAUCAUCCAAAAUGCCGUUUCUGAUCAGAUUUUUCCACGAAUUGCAAAUGCAGAUUCUGCGAAGAUGGCUUGGGAAUUGCUAUAUGCUGAAUACCAUGGUGGAGAUCAUGUUAGAUCGGUUCAGAAGGUUCUAAUUAGUCUUAGUAAGAAGUAUGAUCCUAUAUGCCUUGUGAUUGAAAACACAAAGACACUAGAAAUUGUGGAGUUGCAGGAAGUGAUUGCCAUUUUGAAGAGUCAAGAGCAGAGGCUUGAAAUGCAUAGUGUUGAUACAGUUGAGAAGGCAUUUGCCUCAUUCACUGUGAAUUCCAAAGGUCAGAAUAAAAAUUAUUCUCAGUCUGGUUCAUCUAAGUCACAGAGAAACUGGAAUUCUAAAGGGAAGUCAUGGGAGUCAAAAGACAAGUCACAGCAUAACAAUUAUUCUGCACAGAAUCACACCUCAACACAAUUCUCAAACCAGGAAAAUACAAAGCCUCAAUGCAAGGUGUGUUCAAAGCAUCAUUUUGGUGAGUGCAGAUACAAGGGAAAACCAAAAUGCUAUAACUGUGACAGAUUUGGACAUCUUGCUAGAGACUGUACUGUGAACAAGAAUGUGCAGAAGGCUAAUUGUGUAAAUCAAAUGGAGGUGACAGGGAACUUGUUUUAUGCAAAUUGCACAACCACUGAGAUCAAAACCAAUGGAGAAUGGUAUGUUGAUAGUGGAUGUAGCAACCAAAUGACAGGAAACUUAGAGUUGUUGGUUGACGUGAGAACUAAUGUGGUUGGGAAAGUACAAAUGCCAACUGGUGCACUUGUGAAUGUAGCUGGUAUUGGUCCACUGAUGAUUGAUACAGCAAAGGGCAGAAAAUACAUAAGAGAAGUAAUGUAUGUGCUAGGAUUGAAAGAAAAUCUGCUAAGUGUUGGGCAAAUGGAUGAGCAUGGAUGA